AUGAGAAAUCCUGCGGUACUCCUAUCCGGGGCGUCGCUUGCCUGCGGACUCCAAUUGCUUCCACCAGCACCAGGGCACGCAAACGGCAGCGGAUCAUUCAACCUCGUAUCAGCUCCCAAAUCCAUUUAUAUCGACAGCGCCUUUGCAUCAAUUGCAGACUCGCACGGCUUGACUCUGAUCCCACCCACGGCCUUUGAGUUUUCAGAGGUGUUCCAACAGGAUCUAUCUGAACUUUUUGGCGCCGAUUGGACUCUGCAACAGGUCAACGGCAUCCCAAGCAAUGGCACCGGCAUCUUUCUGGGCGCCUUCACCGGCAACAGCUCCCAGCUGACUUAUGAGAAUGGGACACCCACGGAAGAAGGCUACGAGCUCAGCAUAUCCAGCGACCGUAUCUAUAUCGGCGGUGCAGGUGCCCGGGGUAUGUGGUGGGGGACGCGCACUCUCCUCCAGCAGCUGCUUCUCUCCAACGGCACUCUCCCUGCCACGAGCAUCGUCGACACUCCAGCAUAUGCCACCCGGGGCUUCAUGCUUGAUGCAGGCCGGAAGUACUAUGCGCCAUCGUUCUUGAAAGAGCUGUGCACCUACGCGUCGUUCUUCAAGCUCUCCGAGUUCCACUACCACCUGAGCGACAACUACCCCUUGAACCGUGGCCAUAACGAAACAUGGAACGAAGUAUACUCGCACUUCUCACUUCUUCCAGAAGACGAGUCUUUGCACGGAAUCAUUGAGCGGCCCAAUGAAACACUUUCUCGGGCGGAUUUCACCGAUUUCCAGCAGCACUGUGCCGCUCAUGGGGUGACGGUUAUUCCGGAAAUCGAAGCACCCGGCCACUGCUUAUACCUGACCAAAUGGAAACCAGAGAUGGCCCUCGACAAAAAGGACCUGCUGAAUCUGUCCCAUCCAGAAGCCAUCCCGACAGUCAAGCGCAUCUGGUCCGAAUUCCUACCAUGGUUCAGCACGAAAGAGGUGCACAUCGGCGCUGACGAGUACGACUCGACGCUCGCCGACGACUACAUCAAAUUCGUCAACGAGAUGUCCUCCUACAUCCAGUCCACUUCCAACAAAACAAUCAGAAUCUGGGGCACCUACGAACCUUCCGAGAACCUCACCAUCUCCAAGGACGUCAUAAUCCAACACUGGCAAUACGGCCAAUCCGACCCGGUCCAGCUCUACACCGACGGCUAUAGCCUCAUCAACUCCGAAGACUGGUGGGCCUACAUGUCCCUCAAGAACGACCACAUGCCCAUCAACCCGGCGCCGUACCCGCAAUUCUUCAACACGACCCGCGUCCUCAACUUCGCCGACGAGCCGGGCUGGCAAUGGACGCCGGCCGACUUCAACCCGGUCAACACGACGCAGCAGCUGCCCGCCGGCGCGCGCGGCAACAAGGGCGCCAUCCUAGCCGCCUGGAACGACAACGGGCCCGACGCCACGACGCAGCUGGAAGCCUACUACGCCAUGCGCGCCGGCAUCCCGCUCGUCGCCGCCCGCGCCUGGAGCGGCGUCCGCGGACCCAACGUCACUGCUGCGACCCUCUCCGCCACCGUCGACUACCUCGCCCCGCGCAUCCCGGGCCAGAACCUCGACCGCCGCAUCCAAGCCCCCAGCACCACCAACGGUACCACGCUCUUCUCCUGGACCCGCCCGGCCAGCAACUCCACCUCCCCGACCGCCCUCGGUGCGCGCGGCGGAAGCGUCGGCCUACCGCACACCCUCCACCUCACCGCCACAGGGCCCUUCGUCCUGCGCGGGCCGGACACGGCGCUCAGCCUGACCGCCAACGGCUCGCUCGUCUACACCACCGCCGACGGGUGGCCGUACCCGCUGCGCAGCGUCUCCGAAAGCUCAGCGCUCGACCUGGACCCGGGCCACCCGGGCCGCAUCUGGGUCAACGACACGACGUCGACGCACGAGCCGGUGGCGAUCGAGCAGCUGGCGAGUGGCGAUAUUAAGCCGGUGGACGUGACGGUGGCGACGGACGUGCUGGGCGGGAGCAGGGUGUGGGUGGAUGGCGAGUUCAGGGGCAGGUUCGAGGUGUUUGUGUUUGGUGGGCGGAAUUUGCAGUUUAGCUGGAGUCAGAUGGCGUUUGUGGCGCCUUUGGGGGAAGUGGAGGGGGCGGGGUUGAUUGGGUUGAGUGUAGAGGAAGGAGUGAGGAUUCCUGGUAGUGACUAG